UUAGGAACUUUCUCUUCGCCAAGCUCGGAAAAUUACAACGUUGCUUCUUUUCCGGCCGCUGAGCUGCUUUUUGCCCUCCCGCUUCUUCAUUAGGUCAUCGAGAGAGCCGUGAAACAAAGAUCUGUGCGGUUCAGUGCCGCGGAUCCGCGCUCUCGAGAAGUUCCAUAUUUCUGGGAGCGGCUGUGUUUCCGUCAGCGGACACGUUGCCUGGAUCCCUGCCCCAGGCGUGAAGGCCCGUGGGCUUGUUCCCUGCAGAUACCGGUCACGUGUUUUUUCCCCUCCUGUUUUCUCUCCCCAACGAUCCCUUCACUGCUGAAUCCUACGGUCAGAAAUCGGGUCCCAAGUGGGGUCUCAGUUCUUUCAAGUGAUGGGGAGCCACGGAAAUGGUUUGAGAACCAAGUUCUGCGCAUUAAGCAGCAUGUCAGCUGACACUCCAAUCACACUGAAUAUCGAUCCUCAGGAUCUACAGAUCCAAACCUUCACUGUAGAGAAGCUACUGGAGCCUCUCAUAAUCCAGGUUACUACACUUGUAAAUUGUCCCCAGAAUCCUUCCAACAGGAAAAAAGGACGAUCAAAAAGAGCCAGAGUUCUUCUAGAUUCUGUGGCGGAAGCAACUUGGAAUUUAUUAGACAAGGGAGAGAAGAUCACCCAGGAAGCCACAGUGUUAAAGGAAGAGCUGACUGCUGCACUUGAGGAGGUUCGCAGAGAAAGUGAAGCUCUGAAAGGAUCAGCUGAGAGAUUUGCUGAUGACCCCUGUUACCUCCCUAAAAGGGAAGCUGUUGUUCAAGCUGCCCGUGCCUUGUUGGCUGCAGUUACCAGACUCCUUAUCCUUGCAGACAUGAUUGAUGUUAUGUGUCUCUUGCAGCACGUGUCAGCUUUUCAAAGGACAUUUGAGUCUCUUAAAAACGUUUCCAAUAAAUCUGACCUCCAGAAAACCUACCAGAAGCUUGGGAAGGAGUUGGAAAAUCUGGAUUACUUAGCCUUCAAACGUCAGCAGGACUUAAAAUCUCCAAAUCAGAGGGAUGAAAUUGCAGGGGCCCGGGCCUUGUUGAAGGAGAACUCCCCACUCUUGCAUUCAAUUUGUUCAGCUUGUUUGGAACAUUCUGAUGUUGCCUCCCUGAAAGCCAGCAAGGACACAGUUUGUAAAGAAAUUCACAAUGCCCUGAAUGUAAUUUCAAAUGCUUCACAAGGCAUCCAGAAUAUGCUGACCCCACCAGAACCUCAGGCAGCAACCCUGGGAAGUGCCCUUGAUGAGCUUGAGAAUUUAAUUGUCAUGGAUCCACUCACAGUGACUGAGGAGGAACUAAGGCCAUCACUAGAGAAACGUCUUGAAGCCAUUAUCAGUGGGGCUGCUCUGUUGGCCGACUCUUCAUGCACGAGGGAUUUCCAUCGGGAGCGGAUAAUCGCAGAAUGCAAUGCCAUUCGCCAAGCUCUCCAGGAUCUUCUUUCAGAGUACAUGAGUGAUACUGGAAAAAAGGAAAGGAGUAAUACCCUCAAUAUUGCAAUAGACAACAUGUGCAAGAAGACAAGAGACCUUCGCAGACAGCUCCGUAAGGCUAUUAUAGAUCAUGUGUCAGACUCUUUUUUGGAUACGACAGUCCCACUUUUGGUUCUCAUUGAAGCUGCCAAGAAUGGUCGGGAAAAAGAAAUAAAAGAAUAUGCUGCAAUAUUUCGUGAACACACCAGCAGGCUUGUAGAGGUGGCAAAUCUUGCUUGUUCCAUGUCAACAAAUGAAGAUGGGAUUAAAAUUGUCAAAAUUGCAGCCAGUCACCUGGAAACCUUGUGUCCACAGAUUAUUAAUGCCGCACUUGCUUUGGCUGCAAGACCCAAAAGUCAAGUGGUCAAAAAAACCAUGGAAAUGUACAAGCGCACAUGGGAGAAUCAUAUCCAUGUCCUUACUGAAGCUGUAGAUGACAUUACAAGCAUUGAUGACUUCCUUGCUGUAUCUGAAAGCCAUAUCCUAGAAGAUGUCAACAAAUGUAUCAUAGCCUUGAGAGACCAGGAUCUUGAUAAUUUAGACCGUGCUGCAGGCGCUAUCAGAGGACGGGCAGCAAGAGUUGCUCACAUUGUCACAGGCGAAAUGGACGGUUACGAACCAGGGUCUUACACUGAAGGCGUGAUGAGAAAUGUUAACUUCCUUACAAGUACUGCAAUUCCUGAGUUUGUAACACAAGUGAAUGUUGCUUUGGAAGCCUUAAGUAAAAGCUCUUUGGAAGUGUUUGAUGAUAACCAAUUUGUGGACAUCUCAAAGAAGAUCUAUGAUACAAUUCAUGAUAUAAGAUGUUCAGUCAUGAUUAUUCGGACCCCAGAGGAACUGGAGGAUGUUUCUGACCUGGAAGAGGAUCAUGAAGUCCGCAGUCACACCAGCAUUCAGACGGAAGGGAAAACUGACCGGGCUAAGAUGACACAAUUGCCUGAGGCAGAAAAGGAAAAGAUUGCUGAGCAAGUUGCUGAUUUCAAGAAAGUAAAGAGUAAACUAGAUGCUGAGAUUGAGAUAUGGGAUGAUACAAGCAACGAUAUCAUUGUUCUGGCCAAGAAGAUGUGUAUGAUCAUGAUGGAGAUGACAGACUUCACAAGGGGCAAAGGACCACUAAAGCAUACAACCGAUGUGAUCUAUGCAGCUAAAAUGAUAUCAGAAUCUGGAUCAAGGAUGGAUGUUCUUGCUCGGCAGAUUGCCAACCAAUGUCCAGAUCCAUCAUGCAAACAGGAUUUGUUGGCAUACCUGGAACAGAUUAAAUUCUACUCUCACCAGCUGAAAAUCUGCAGUCAGGUUAAAGCUGAGAUCCAGAACCUGGGGGGAGAACUCAUCAUGUCAGCUUUGGACAGCGUCACCUCCCUGAUCCAAGCAGCCAAAAAUUUAAUGAAUGCUGUAGUGCAAACAGUGAAAAUGUCUUACAUUGCCUCAACCAAGAUCAUCAGAAUUCAGAGUCCUGCUGGGCCCCGGCACCCAGUUGUGAUGUGGAGAAUGAAGGCUCCUGAAAAAAAGCCCUUGAUUAAAAGAGAAAAGCCAGAGGAAACUUACGCAGCUGUCAGACGAGGCUCAGCCAAGAAAAAAAUCCACCCAGUGCAAGUCAUGAGUGAAUUUCGAGGAGGAGAGGCCUACUGAAACCAUUAUUCAAAUCUAGUGCCUGCAUUACAAAGUCCUGGCUAAACACACUGUGUUAAUUUUACACUUGAGUAGUUCUGAAGUUCACUAACUUUUAGAGUUUAACUCACAAAUAACAUUAAACAUUGGAAGCUGAACCAACAUAAGCAACCUAUAUUUGAGAUCAUGUCAUUGUCCUCUCUGUAUGGCCAGAACCUCAUAAGUAGUCAAUAUAUGCUUGUUGAAUGAACAGGAACUUCAGGUGUCAUUCAGCCUUUCUCAUCAUAGAGAAUAUCUUAAAUUCAUUACAAAAUGAACAUAGGAGACUCCAGUGAGUGCUGUUCAUCUGUAAUAGCUUAUGUACACUUACCCUUUCUGUUUUUAUUUAAAACUGACAUGAGCUCUUGACUUGGUUUUGAAUGGAAACAAAAGAUUUCCUAAAAUAUUUUUCCAUUUAAUCUCCAUCCUUGCUUUAUCUGACCUAACCUAUACAUGUGUGAUUCCUGCUAUAGGAUUAAGAUUUCAGUCUCUAGGUAUCUGUAUCUAUUGUCAGCUGUAGGCUAACAUCCAUCAGAAACUAAGUCUGAGCAGUCAAGCUACUUCCUGGAGUUUCAAUGUCAGCCUUGAUUACUAAUGAAGCAGUUGAUUUACAUUAUAAAGGUUACAACAAGUUUUGGGUGCCACAAAUAUGCUCUUUCAGAUUCCACUGUGUUCAACAGUUCUGCUUGUUGAGUGUUGGGUUUAAAUGGGCCUGUCUGAAUACAUAUGUGGAGGAAAAGUUAGCAGCCACUGGGGAAAUGGAAUGUCUAACUACACCCCCAAGUGAAUUAGGAUAACAAGGUAAGGAGUUCUGCAAGACUCUAAAACUCCAUCUGUAUCAGCUUGUAAUGGUAAUUUAAAGGAAAAGGCCAGCUUGAAAAACCUUUUGGCAUUGAGUAAAAUAUAACUGUGAAUGGUACCAUUGAACUAUGAAGUGGAGUUAAUGGCAGUGAAGCUGGAGUGAUUUUAAUAACAGUCUUUUAAAUAAAAGUCAUUGAGGCCAUAUCAUAACUCCAAUCACUGUGCUCAUCCCCAGUUGAUAUCAUAAUCGACUUCGUAAUAGUCUUAGAGUCUAGUACAUUGCUUAUUGCUCCCUCUCUCCUCUCACUCGCUCUUUGGAGGGAUUAAGUUUCAGUUUCACUUUUUCUCAUGGAGUUCCCCUUCACAGGAUUUUAAACAUGCAUUCCCUAUUCUGCUUUAUCAGAAUUAUACUAUAAUUGGGACUUCGCCUUGUACGACAUUGCCAUUAACGCAUUGUUUCAACAACCAUGUCAUCCUAGUUUGAUGAAGUAAAAUUCAAACAGGCAACACCAGUUGACGUUAGGAGGACCAGUUUGGGUAAAAGAAUGUAAAACAAGAAAGAAUAAAGGUGAGAGCAUGGUGUGUGUGACAUCCUGAACAAAAUGGUAUGGGAAAAGAAUUUAUUUGAUAGGUCAUUAUAAAUUAUGGGGUAAAUGUUCACUUUUAUUGUACUGAAUUCUGUUCUUCCAAAAUGCUGGGUUGCCAGGGCUCAGCACAUAAACUUUCUCGGAGGUGAAAGCAGUUAAGUUAUUCCCUAUCUUGCACUAUGCCCUGGCCCACAGUAACUAUUCUGGAUGAACUCCACUCCCUAAAAGAGAAGGCUGUGCAGGAAGGAAUUACAGAAUCCAGAUAAUUUUAUUUUCCACAACUAUCUAGAUAACUGAGGCAAAAUAGGUUUCUUUUGUUGGAAUGCUGCCAUCAUUUUCUGUUAUAUGAGUAGAUAUUACAAGAGUGACACAUGUGACACAUCCUUUUCUCAGGUAGAAGUGUGAAUUUAACAUCUAGUUGAGAAAAUGUAUUUUUUUAAAAAGUCACCAAACUACUAGUUGUAAUAUAUUCGUUCCUGAAGCCACAUGCUCAAGAAUCACAAGAGUGUCAUUUAUAAAAUCUAAUGUCUGUUUGAUCCUACAUCAGCUCUCCACAGGUUGGAGUUUAGAAAGCACAUUGGAUGUCAAACAGCAGAAAUAAUUUGGAAUGAUACAAGUACCAAAUAACCUCUAUAUCUUUAAAACCAUGACUGUUUACCCAAAAAAUGAUGUGAACAAGGGCUCCUCAUCAAAGUAGAUAGAUUUCCUUCUUAACUAAAGGCAAACAACUAUAAUUAAGCAAAACUUUAAAAAAAUGACUUGAAGAACAUCCCAGGAGCAAAGUCUGUGUAGUAAUCAAAGGUGCAACAAGAUGCAUAGAGCUGAGAAAGACGUAUGUCUGCCUGAUCAAAUUCUUGCAGUGGGCAGCAUUUCAAGAUUUA